CCUGUAGGCUUGAUCGUCUUGGCAAGCAGACUAGCAGCUGUCAUGUCUGAGUCUGAGGCAAAAUCAUCUUUGUCAACUUCAGUUGAGAACGAUUUGAAGGUAAAGGAAGGGGGAAAUGAAGAGUUUGAUGGCAGUUUAGUUGAAGAAGGAGAGCUAGACUAUGAUGAAGAGGAAGAGGGGGAGUUGGGAGAUGGUAUAAAACAGAAGAAGAAAACUGGUGUAAGCAGUGAUCAAGUUGAAGAUGACAACAAAGGAGAAGAAGAAGAAGGGGAGAUUGAAAGUGAUGGUGAAAUAAAGGAAAGCAAGUCUGAUCUUGAGGAAGGAGAACUAGAUGAUGAGGAUGAUCUGGAGGAGGGAGAACUAAAGGAAGGAACUGAAGAAAAGCCAAAACAGCCUAAGCAAAGUUACAGACAAGGAAUGCGCCAGCGAAGAAUGGUUGAUAUCCGUCCAGGCCGAUUUAGAGGAAUGCUGCCACCAGACUUUGGGCCUCCUUUUCCUGUAAUGGGACAUCCUAUGCUUCCUCCUCGACCACCUAUAGGAAUGCCACCAGGACCUCCUCUUGGUUGGCCUGACGGGCCGCCGUCUCGUGGCGGUCAUGUGUUUGGAUCUUCAGAGAGGUUUAGAGAUCAAUCACCCAAGAAGGAGGAAUCAGCAUGGGAAAGAGGAAUGAAGCACGUGAAAGAGGUUCUGAAAGCUGCUAGUCUUCGGAAAGAGCGUCAAGCUCAAGGUCAUGAAGGUAGCGCAUCACCACAUAGUGCUGAUGAAUCUAGAGACAAUGAUGUGAUGGACAAACGUUCACCGGACAGAGGGGACAGGGAGAAUCGUAGAUCACCAUCGUGGCAAAAUUCUGACAGUCGACGUGGCAGAUUUCAGCGUACUGAAGCACGUUCUGUCAGAAGUAGGGAUAGACGGAGACGUUCUCUGUCAUCUGGGUCUAGAUCACACAGUCGAAGCCCUAGCCCACGAAAUUUUUAUCGCAAUCGACGUCGUAGUGGCAGCUAUAGUCCUCGCUCCCCCAACCAUCGACCUUUAGAUCGUUCACGUCAACCAGAUGAAUGGAAAGAUCCGUGGAGGCGGUCACCAUCACCAUCAUCAGGUAGGAAGCCAGUCAGAGCAGUUCCUGGUAGACGAUCACCAUCUCCUACACGGAGAAGAAGAGGAAGUCUAGACAAAGACAGAGAACGAGAGAGACGGAGUGGUGGAAAGCGUUGGCGUUCUCGGUCGCGUUCGGUUUCAAGAUCACGCUCCGUGUCGAGGGAACCAGAUGUGAAACGAAAGAAAGAAUCGUCUCCACGAAGACGGUCACGGUCUCCCAAACGACGUUCACCGCCUUCACCUUCUGUCCCUAGAUCUCGACGAGAGCAGUCACCUCGUGAUAGAAGUAGACGCUCACGGUCAAGGUCUGCGCCAAGGUCUCCUACUUCCGAUUCUGCGCAAAUUCGUCAGAGAGACAAGAGAAGCCCAGGCCUGGAUGCCGGAGCAAAACAAGAACAAGAGAAACAACAAAGUACGGUGAAGGAAAAGGAAGCAGCAGAAGUUAAACAAGAGAGAGGGAAGAGAAGUCGGUUUAGUAGUGUUAGCAGCAAGAGUCCAAGUUCUCGUGGGUCGAGCCGUGAAAGGGAGACGCCAAGUGUGAAACCCAAACAGACAUAUGACAGUGUUUCACCAGUGUUGGAAAACAAGAUUCAUGGUGUUAGUCCUAUUAGUUCUCCGGAUGAUCUUAGCAAGCAGAGAGAGAUGCAGAAAGACACGUCUAGUGAAACGGCAGCUGCAGCUCCUCAGCAACAACCACAACACAAGAGUGUUAAAUUUAAGUGGAUUGGAAAGAAGCGGUGGCUCAAAGCAACAACUGAAAACGUUUCUCCUCCAACGACACCAACUCCAACAGACAGCCAAACCCAACCGUUAGCUGCUGCUAGUGAAUUGGUAGCUUCUGCUACAACAGUUAGUUCUCGCUCUUCUGCUGGCAUCUCUAAUGCUUCAAAGUCGUCGAAUGACCAAGAGGCGACAGCGAGGAAGCAGAGAUUGUUGGAUGAAUUAAAAGCCGUUGAAGCGGCAAUUGCAAGAAAGAAAGCUAAAAUAAAGCCCCUUUCGCACUCUCAAACGGAGACGACAGUUCGUGACAGAUAGAGUUAGUGAUAGGUUGCACACUAUUAGUUCUGGUCUGUAAAACGAUUAAAAUGUGUAUGUAAUGGCUAGUACAUACGGGAAUUUGAA